CUCCGUCUCUAAAAAAAUCUUCUUGAAUCUUCUCUUCUGCUCCACACAGAGAAAACUCUAGCUCGCCGUCAUCACAACCUUCAGUUGGAGCAAGUUAUGGCAGAAGACCAAGGUUCAUCGUCAAUGGCUAAUAGAGAGUUCUUGAAUUCUGUUCCUAACAGUGACGCAUCUAGUCACAAUCUGUUUGGGUUCCUUACUAGCCAUGGAAUGUUACAGUUACAUGAAUCGCAUCAGCCAUAUCACAUGAUAAAGAAUAUGUUUCUUCAGCUGAUGGACUUAUUGGCGAGUCAAACAACUGUUGUGGCAAUCCACCAAAACAACCACUCUAGUUGGUCUGGAAAUAUUAGGUAUCAAAGUCAUCAAAUUCUCUUAGGGGUUGUGGCUAGUAAAUGUGGUGGCAAUGCCAAUUAUACUUGGGGUUGGUAUGGUGCUUCAAAGGAUGAUAUCUCUGCUAUUGUCUCUCAUGGGUUUACCAGGCCUGAUGAACCUGCUUAUGGCCGAUCUUAUGGUGUUGGCAUUCAUUUGUCUGCUCCAAACUAUCUUCUUCAUGAAAUAAUUCAUUCACCUCCUGAUGAAGAGGGCACUAGGCAUAUUUUCACCUGUCUUGCUAUAAUGGGAAAGACAGAAGUUAUUAGUUAUCGUUCGGCGCAGUUUAAGCCAAGUUCACUUGAGUUUGACACUGGAGUAGACGAUCCUGUAGCACCCAAAGUCUACAUUGUUUGGAGUGCUUAUAUGAAUUCUUACUUGACACCAGAUCUGGUCAUAAGUUUCAAGUCUCCCCUGUCGCAAAAUAAUUCAAUAGGACAGUUAAAUUCAAUGCCACCCAUGAGACCGGCAAUCAGCUUUUCUAAUUUGAUUGCAAUACUUGAAAGGCUUUUGGAACCUUCAAGGUUUCGUUUGAUAUCCGAACAAUAUGAUUUAUUUAAGCAACAGAAGAUUGCGAUUUCUCCGAUGAUACAUGUGAUGAGGCGAAUAGCUGGGGAUGAGUUGUUGGAUACUUUGGUUAAAUACAACAAAAACAUGUAACUUGGGUCAAGGCAGAGGCUAUAAUCUAGCAUAUAUCAGCACAUAUGAUCUAAAGCAGGGUUAUAUAGUAAAGACAGACAUCUUUUUUUUUUUUGACAUGAUGUUGAAAUAGUUACUGGUGCUCAAAGGCUCUUUGUUGUUGCUUGAUUCCUGAAGGCUGAGAGAACUGAAAUGUGAAUAUGACAUAAAAUUCACGUAUGAUCUGUAACUAGUUACUUUUGGAUUU